AUAUACCGGGAAUUUUGGUCAUGUUCAAAAGUCCUACUCAUUGAGUAUCAAACUGUAACUCCAAUUUGUAGUUUAGAUCGGACCACGAAGUAAUUCUAUGGAGAAUUAUCGCAGUAGAAUACUCUGCUCGCGUGUUUUUGUGAUCGAGUUUUUACUAGGUUUUCGGCGUCAAUUUGGCGUCUCGCAAUCGAUAGAGGGCUUUGAGAUCACGGGGAAUGAGCUGCCCAACUGCGAGGCCGUUCGGCGAUGCAACGGCCGGCGGUGAUUGAGGAAUAAAGGCUACAAGGAUAUAGAUGUUGAGCCAACCAGGUCUCCCACUCGAAGAUGUUAAAAUGUGUAUUGGUGUGGUGGGAUGUGGCCAAAUGGGUUCGGGAAUCGCACAGCUUGCUGCAGUGAAUGGCUGUGAGGUCUGGCUUCAUGAUGCUGACUCUAUGGCUCUCUCAAAAGCGCGCAAAUCUAUCUCAUCAAGAAUUGAAAACCUAGUCCUCAAAGGCAAUCUCACCAAGGAAAAAGGUACUGAAGCGAUAAGGAACUUGAGGUGUACAUCAAAUUUGGAGGAUUUUCACUCUGCAGAUAUGGUAAUUGAGGCCAUUAUGGAGUCGGAGGAUGUGAAAAAAAAGUUGUUUGUUCAAUUGGACAACAUUGUUAAAAGUUCUUCUAUCUUGGCAUCAAACACCAGCUCAAUCUCGAUUACUAGAUUAGCUUCUGUGACCAGCCGACCUAGCCAGGUUAUAGGCAUGCAUUUUAUGAAUCCUCCCCCUGUUAUGAAGCUAGUUGAGAUUAUUCGAGGAGCUAGUACAUCAGAUGAUACGUUCAAUGCCACAAAAUCGUUGGCAGAGAGGUUUGGCAAGAAGAUUGUUUGUUCCCAGGAUUUCUCCGGCUUCAUUGUAAAUCGGGUUUUGAUGCCAAUGAUAAAUGAAGCUUUUUAUGCACUGUAUACUGGUGUGGCAACGAAGGAGGACAUUGAUGCAGGAAUGAAGCUGGGAACAAACCAUCCAAUGGGUCCCUUGGAACUCGCUGAUCAUAUUGGACUCGAUGUUUGCUUGUCAAUAAUGAAAGUCCUGCAUGCCGGCUUAGGGGAUAGUAAGUAUCUGCCAUGCCCAUUGCUCGUGCAGUACGUUGAUGCCGGUCGCCUUGGUAGAAAGAAGGGUGUCGGCGUAUACAAUUACAGUAAAAUCUGAGGAGUUCGUCUCAGGCUGUGUGCAACACUAGGGAUCUCAGCUAUGCCAUCUGUUGACUGUUGUGAUCAAGUGUAGUAUCAAUAAUAGGCAUUGUCCAUUGUGUUUCUUUCUUCUGCUUAAAGCUUUAUAGGAUAAUUGUGUGUGAACUGAAUAUGUGUUUUGCAAUAAUAUAUAUGGAAAUAUGCUGGUGAGAAAGCAAUGUAUAUCA